CGGCCGCAUAGGGCGCAUCGCUUCUCGAAGCCGCCGGCAGGACCGGAGUGAGACGGCUCCACGGCGAAGACGUGUGCGCGCUGCGGUCGCCGCCGCCGUCGCCGCAGCAGCAGCAUCUCGGUGCCUACGGUGCAGUGAAUUGGCCUGUGUGCGUGUGCAGUGCUGCAGCAGAGAGAGGACUCCGCACGGUAGGGAAGAAACGUGGCCGCGCGCGUGUGUGAGUGCGUGCGGAGCCCAUGUUUCGGCGGCCAUCCUUCGCUGAUCAGUGUGUUGACGCGGGCGACGGCGGCGGCGGUGGCUGAGCCAUGACCGUGAGCUACCAGUAUGAUGUGGCCUCCACUUCGCAUGGGGGCUUCAUCCGGCUCCUGUUCAAAUGGAAAGGCAGCGUCUGGAAGCUCGUCUACACCGAGCUCUUGCUGCUUACGCUUGCCUACGGAUUCCUGUCGCUGUUGUACCGACAGGCGCUCAACGAGCCGCAGAAGAGGGUUUUCGAGCUGGUGGUGUACUACUGUUCGACCUUCAUGGAGAUGAUCCCGCUGUCGUUCAUGCUGGGAUUCUACGUCACCUUCACGGCGACGCGAUGGUGGAACCAGUACAUGGCGAUCCCUUGGCCCGACAGGGUGAUGAACGUGGUGAUGAUGUACGUGCCGGGCCAGGACGACAGCAGCCGCAUGCUGAGGCGCACGCUGAUGCGCUACCUCAACCUGAGCCUCAUCCUGGUGCUGCGGUCUAUCAGCAAGGCCGUCAAACGGCGCUUCCCCACGAAGGACCACCUCAUCGAAGCCGGAUUCAUGACCAAACUGGAGAUGGAGCUGUGGCAGUCGAUUCCAUCGACCGAGUUCAACACCUUCUGGGUCCCUUGCACGUGGUUCAUCAACCUGCUCAGGGAGGCACGAAACGAAUGUCGCAUCACGGACGCCCAGGGAGUCAAGCUCAUAAUGGAG